AAGAAAGAUAUGCUGUUGUGUAGCUGCAGCGAAAGUAAAUGAAAAUUUGAACAUUUUCCAAGUGCACAAAGCGGAGCUGCGUUUUUCGUUUUUCCUCCCGUGCGUGUGUGUGUUUCGUGUGCGGUAUAUUUGUUCUAGGUGUUCGAGUUUUAUUUGAUAGUGUUACCAGUUUGUUUUAGGCUCACAAAAGAUGUCAUCGGGAAGACCUAUCAAAUGUGUGGUGGUCGGUGACGGCACGGUGGGGAAAACAUGCAUGCUGAUCAGCUAUACGACCGACAGCUUUCCCGGCGAAUACGUACCCACGGUCUUUGACAAUUAUUCCGCCCCAAUGGUGGUGGAUGGCGUGCAAGUAUCGCUCGGACUGUGGGAUACGGCUGGACAGGAAGAUUACGACCGGCUAAGGCCACUGUCCUACCCACAGACGGACGUGUUCCUCAUAUGCUACAGUGUGGCCAGCCCGUCUUCGUUCGAAAAUGUUACCUCCAAGUGGUAUCCCGAAAUCAAACACCACUGCCCGGAUGCGCCUAUUAUUUUAGUUGGUACCAAAAUCGAUCUGCGGGAGGAUCGCGAAACAAUUAGCGUACUGGCCGAGCAGGGUCUUUCCGCGUUGAAACGCGAACAGGGUCAAAAACUAGCGAAUAAGAUACGAGCGGUAAAGUAUAUGGAAUGUUCGGCACUAACCCAGCGAGGCCUAAAGCAAGUCUUUGACGAAGCGGUACGGGCUGUGCUCAGACCGGAGCCUUUGAAACGACGCCAACGAAAAUGUGUUGUGAUGUAGUGUGUGUCCGUGUCCGUGUUUGGAGCCGCGGGCAAAUCAUUACUAGUAGCUGGUAGAUGGACGAAGAGGACGAAUACCGGUUAAACAACUCAAACAAAGAAACAGGAAAAUGCAAAACGAGCAUACAUUUAGAGAAAAAUAGUGUACAUAAGUUUAGAUGGCCGCGGUAGCGUGCUGCGAGAUGGAAUGAAGGAAAAUCGACAAAAGCAAUUGAAAACAAAAAGAAAAAAAAACAAGAGUGCAAAAACUGACAAGACCCCACAAAGGCGGUUCGAGAGCAAAGUGUGAACAACGAUUGCCGCAACGAGUGUGUAUGGAUGGAAUGGCAAAUCGAAAUCGUAAAACGGUUGAUGAAUCAAACACCAAACCACACAACAAACCGUAGGAGCAAAAAGCAAAAGGGAGAAAGGGAUUCAUGCAUCGGAAAAUCUGAUCGAUCCGCGUAUCGAUCCGGUAACGCGAGGUCGAUCGUUUCGAAGCGAGCAGUGCGUGUGUGCCAUUUUCAUUAAACGGUAAAUUGAGCUACCUAAAGCGAUAACGAAUGAAUGGAAGUGGGGAAAAAAGAAUCAACGAAACAAAAACAACCUACUAAAAGAGAUUGAACAGCUACAAAGAUGUGACGACCGGUUUGUAGGACACCAUUAACGAAACGAAAAAAAAAACAGUGUAGGACGCGAUAAGCAAUCGCACAAGCAAUGAAACAGGGCGGAUGAAGGGAUAAGGAAGAAUGAAGCAACUUCCUUCUACGUUAAUGCUUAUGACGAAGAAGCAGGAGAAAUUUCCACUACCCUGAACCAACCAGCCGAAAAUACCUCACGUCAAGUUUUUUUUAAAUUUUUUUCCCAAUACGGUUCCCUAAAUAGUUGAACUCGAGAGAAUGGCAGAGAGAGAGAGAGAGAGAGAGAGAGAGAGAGAGAGAGAGAGAGAGAGAGAGAGAGAGAGAGAAGAGGAUUGACAAAAUCAAAACACAAACAAAAAAGAACCUCGAUUGCUAUUGAAGGGAAUGCGACACAGCAUCACGGAGCAGUGUCAAGUAGUAGUUCAAAGAUUAGGAUCGCUUUUCUAAUGAUCCCGUUUGUUGUUGAGCAGUUUACCGGGGUUUUUUUUUCUUUUGUCGAGGGAAAUGCUUACUUUUUGUUUUUCCUUCGAUAGCCUGCAGCAGUAACCAGCAGCAGUGGCGGCAGCAGCAAAAUUGGUCACACGACCUGGACAGAUUAUUUUUGCAAUAUUAAUCUUUACACGCCACAAGCAAUCAAAAGAGCAUUUUUCAAGGCAAUGGACACAAACAGAAUAGUGUAGAAAGGAGGAAAGGGGAGACAUUUGUAUUUAAACAGUGCAUCAGCCUUGCACCAUCUUCCCAACCGGCGGGUUUUGUGUGUGAGGUUUUUGUUUUUAUUCUCCUUACGAAACACCCGUUCCGAUUUGUAGCUCCCAUCACGCUACUGAUGUAGGAAUGAUCGGGAGGGGAAAAAGGUGAAGGUAACCGAAAGGCACAACAUCUCAUGAGUAAAUCUCAUUCCACAUCCACAUCCAUGAUAUCUACAGAAUCGAAAGUAUAUAUAUAUUUUUUUUAAAUUACUAAACGCUGCCUCAAAAUGUCUACGAACGCUUCUGUUGUGUAGCUGCGCUUCACGAGAAGUUGAGGGACAAAUGGGGAUGAAAAGUCAUAUAGAGCCGGGAGCAGAGUGAGCCAAAGUGUUUUUACUAUUUUUACUCGUUUUAGAAAUUAAGUGUACGCGCGGAAUCUGACCAUAGUUUCUUUGUGCCGGUGUUUCGAUUUUUUUUAAUACUAUACAUUUUUUUAUAUACAUUUUCUUCCCCUGCGAAACCUACCCACUUGCUCCCCUGUUCGUGUUGGUUACGGGGGCUGCAACUGUGGCGUAGCUUCUGCGACCAGUCCGACGAUAGGGAAAACUACCCUACUAACGCAACAUAGCCUCUAUAGUAGAUGAAACCGUAGUGUCUAGUCGCAGGACUCUUGUAGGGAUAGGGCUUGAGAGAUGAACGAAAGGGGAUAUGUUUGUCAAUAUAAUACUGCCAGGUAUGAAACACCCUUCCCUAAAUCGAUCCAAACAAAACAAGGGUUUGUGUUUGAACAUAGUGUCAAUUAUUUGCAAAUUUUAAAACGCCAAGGAACGUACCACUAAACCAGAUCCUCGGUUCAAUCGUGUUCGUUCUGCACGGAGAAUAGAGGCGAAAGAAUCACCAUCAUAUCCUAGUCCUUUGCUAAUACACGCAUGCACACAAUGGCCGAUCGGUGUUCCGGUGCCGGUGUCGGUUACGAACACCGAUUCGGAAAAUCGCGAUAAGCCGGAGUGCGGCCGGGGCUGCCAUAUUGAGUUUUUUUUUAUUCUUUUUAAAUAAUUUUAUAUUUAAAACAAACGCAAGCGAAUGAUUUACACUGUAUUACUAUUACGAUUAGGUUGUUAGGAUGGAUUCCUGAAACGAAUAAUCUCUCCCCCGCAAAGAUGCAUUUAUCGCCGUGAUUUCGGAUGUGUUGUAAUUUUCGAAAGAGGAGAGAGAGUGCGAGACAAAAACAAAAAAAGUGUAAACAUAAACGUGUGAUGUAGGGAAAUGAAAAGAGAAAGGGAGAGGGAAAGAGAGUUGGCUGGAGAGAGAGAGAGAGAGAGAGAGAGA